AUGUUCUUCAACGCCGCCACUUUUGCCACCGUUGCUCUCGCUACCUACGCUGCUGCCACCCCCGCCGUCGUAGCACGCACCGAGCCCCACCCUUCCAGCAGCAACUGCGGCACCACCACCAUCGAGUGCUGCAAAGACGUGGGGACUGCUACCUCCCUCGAGAGCCCCCUCAAGUCUGCCUUCAUCCAGCACGGCUUGGUCUCGAGCCUGCUCGUUGCGCUCGGCGUCGUUAAAGUCGUCGACGUGGUUUUGGGCGUCGUUGUUGACCCGAACGUCGUCCUGGGCUUGACCUGCUCCACGGUCGCCGUCGGAGGAUCCUGUAAUGCGCAGCAAGUCUGCUGUGAAAAUGUUGCAUUCAAUGGCUUGGUCAACGUUGGCUGCACUGCCAUCGAUAUCUUGUAA